AUGCCAAGCCACACCCGAUGUGAUGUUCACAAGCUGGUAAUUGCAAUAUUCGGCCAUACUUGUAGAUGGUUAUUGCUUAAGUGUUUUAAAAUAUCUACACUCUCUCUAAAAUGUUAUUUUGUUUUAGACCCGAAUGAAAAGCCAAAACCAAACACAGAUGAAUUGCAAAUUAAAAAAGUUAAGAAGAAAAAGAAGAAGAAACACAAGGAAGGGGAUAAACAUAAACAGCCGAAGAUGUACAGCAAAUCAAUCCAGACAGUCUGCUCAGGCCUGGUCUAUGACAUGGGAAGAUACGACAACCCAGAAGCCAAAGUAGAAGUUGAUGAUUGUUUGAAGGACUUGGAUGUGAAGGUUGAGGACAAGAAGGUUGCUCCAGAGAAUGAAUCUCCUUUUGUGUCUCUGAAGGAGCCUCGCGAUCAGCACAAGCCCAAGCGGUUGGACUCUUUGGAGUUUAAGCACCUCAUUCACAUAGAACAUCAGCCCAAUGGUGGAGCAUCUUUAAUACAUGCUUACAGCAGUGAACUCUCUCACCUGUCUCCCAUGGAGAUGGAAAGGUUUGCUGAAGAAUUUGUUAGUCUAGCCUUUAGUGAAAAUGAAAACUGCGCAGCUUAUUAUGUCAUGGGGAUUGUGCAUGGGGCGGCCACAUAUUUACCUGACUUUUUGGAUUAUUUUUCCUUUAAAUUUCCCAACUCCCCAGUCAAAAUGGAGAUCUUGGGGAAAAAAGACAUCGAGACCACAACUAUUUCCAACUUCCACGCUCAGGUAAAGCGGACGUACUCUCAUGGUACAUACAGAGCAGGUGCAAUGAGGCAGAUCAGUCUGGUGGGAGCAGUUGAUGAGGAAGUAGGGGACUACUUUCCUGAAUUCCUGGACAUGUUGGAGGAGUCUUCUUUUCUAAAGCGCACUUUGCCGUGGGGAACUCAUUCAAGCCUGCAGCUAAAAAGCCGCAAAGAAAGCGAUGAUGGUCCUAUAAUGUGGGUGCGCCCAGGAGAGCAGAUGAUCCCUGUGGCUGACAUGCCAAAGUCUCCAUUCAAAAGAAAAAGAACUACCAAUGAAAUUAAAAACCUGCAGUACCUACCUCGGGCUAGUGAGCCUCGGGAAAUGCUGUUUGAAGAUAGGACAAGGGCACAUGCUGAUCACAUAGGACAGGGAUUUGAGCGCCAGACCACCGCAGCUGUAGGUGUACUGAAAGCAGUGCACUGUGGAGAGUGGAAUGAGCAACCUCGGAUAACCAAAGAUGUAAUAUGUUUUCAUGCUGAAGACUUCUUAGAAGUGGUACAGAGAUUACAGCUAGACCUGCAUGAACCGCCUUUAUCACAGUGUGUUCAGUGGGUUGAUGAUGCAAAACUCAACCAGCUUCGCAGGGAAGGCAUUCGUUAUGCUAAGAUUCAGUUAUAUGAUGAUGACAUCUACUUUAUUCCAAGAAAUGUUGUGCAUCAGUUCAAGACCGUGUCAGCAGUGUGCAGCCUGGCCUGGCAUAUUCGACUGAAAAUGUACAAUGCACAAAUGGCACAGAACUGUAACUUGGAAGAAACGAUUUCAGAAACUGAGGUGAAACCUAACAUUGGAAAAGAAGAGCAUACAUUCUGUGCUGUGAGCACACACACCUCUCAUGUACAGUUUUCAGACAUCAGGCAGUCAAAGGACCUUGAGCAAAAAUCUCAGCAAGUAAAACAUGAACCCGUGUCUCCCCACCAAACCGGUGAUACUUUUGGCAAUAUCAACCUUCCAACUAUUUCCAUGACUCCUGCAGAAUGUCAGACUUGCACAAUUAAAUCUGAUCAUGCCAAGGAAUCACAAGGCAAGAUUGGAAGCGAGACUUUGGGAAUCAUUAAGCAAGACUCAAGAGACAUCCAAGAGGACACUCCACAACCUAUAACAACAAACCCAGUUGUGCGGACAGAAGAGGAACAUCUGUGCUAA